AAGUUGUAGAAGUGCAGUUUUUGUGUUGCUUGAGUUCAGGCCCAGAGUCUUACAUCAGGGGAAACCCUCUUCUGAGCCCUUGCUGGUCUCACCAUGUGUCAAAUUCACCAUGCGACUGUCAGGAAUUUCAUACUUUGCUUCCAAAACAGCUAGAGAACCGGAGGACUGGAGAGAUUGAGGCUCUGUGUGUGUGCCUGACACAAACCUGGCCCUCCUACAGGACUCUCACUUUCAACCAGCUCUGUGUAAAAAAGACACCUCUGGGAUAUAGAUGCACUUUCUGGAGUCGUUUCACCCAAGUUGUCAUUUAGUUGAAGCUGGUUGGCUGUGUGUGUAAGAUGUGUGGGGGUUACGGCUCCAUGGUGUUGCUCAGUGAUCGAAAUACCUAAGAGGAGAGCCCUGUGGAAACAGAUAGGAUUAUGUUCUGGAGGACGACAGCGGCCGCCUUUCUCUUGUGGUUCUGGAUGGUGAGUAUGGGCCCUGCCAGAGCUUCAGGCCCUGCUGAGGAAACACUAUGCUGGGGUAGACGAGCCUGGGCUGCUGGAAACUUCAGCUGUGUGGAUCCUGAGCCUUAUCUGUUACUUGGCCUGGGAAAUGGCAUCCAGAGGAUGAACCUUGAUGGUGGGGACCGGAGCAGGAUCGUUUCUAGGGUGGGAAGGUCUAUCUUGUUGGACUUCCAUUUAAGUGAGGGGACAAUGUUUUGGGCUGACACACAUGCAGGACAAAUAAACAGGGCAGGACUGGAUGGAACAGGCAGACAGAAACUUCUCUCAUCAGUGAAAAAAAUCACUGGUCUCGCUGUGAACUGGAUUGAAAACUCAGUCGUCUGGAGCAAUGCAGAUAAAGGAACGAUACACAGAAUGGACACAGAUGGGAGGAAUGAAAACACUGUCUUGAGAGACCUAUCUCAGCCCAAAAGUGUUGUUGUUGAUCCAAAUGAGAGAUAUAUUUUCUGGUUGUCAGAUGGGGUGCCUCCGAGUAUCCAGCGUUCAGACAUGACAGGUGGGAAGAAGGCGACAGUGCUGAAAGUUGCAGACAGAAUGUCACUGAAGGUUCUGGCUAUAGACCACCGGGACAGGAGACUGUUCUGGGUUCAGCAAGGUCAAGAAGGGUACACUGCAAUGGGCUCCUGCAACUAUGAUGGCAACAUUAUCAACGUAUUUAAUCAGCCCUUCAGACCACAGGCUCUGAGGAUGACGAUUUUCCUGGAUUAUGUGUACCUAAUAGACUUUAAGUCAAAAAGAAUAACACGAGUAAACAAGUACACAGGGGGCCGAGGGGAGAAUGUCAAUUCCAAAAGGAUGCCGCACCCCCUUGCUGAUCUCAAAGUGGUACAUCCCAUCAAUCAGCCGGUGGUGGAAAUUCCACCUCCAUUCACUCCAGGCUGCAAUCGACACACAGGAGAGUGUGUGAAAGUGUGUUCCAGUCACAGUGACACUGGUCUGUGCCGCUGCAGGGAUGGUUUUUCCCUCAGUAAACAAGGCAACUACUGUGAAGAUAUCAAUGAAUGCGCCCUGUGGAAUCACGGCUGCUCACUGGGAUGUGAGAACGUUCCGGGUUCUUACUUCUGCACCUGCCCUAAGGGUUACCUGUUACUGCCCGAUUUGAAGACCUGCCAAGAGACUAAACCAUGUGUGGAGAAUGUUACAGCUUGUGAUCAUGCAUGUGUACACACAGCAGAAGGAGAUGUGUGUGUGUGUCCAGAUGGAUCUGUGCUAAAUUCUGAUGGCCAUUCAUGCACAGGCUGUUUGUCUGCAGAUCGGGGGGGCUGCAGUCAGUUGUGUGUGACUUUAUUUCCAGGCAGGUUGGUGUGUGAGUGCCAGCCUGGAUAUCAGCUACAGUCUGAUGGUAAACACUGUGCUGCCACAGGACCUCCAACGUACCUGUUGUUUGCCAAUGUAGUAGAUAUAAGAAAGAUUACCACAAAUGGCAAAAGGAGCAGAAAACUACUGGAGGAACCAAGAGGGUCUAUCAUUGCUCUGGAUUAUGAUCCAGUGCAGAAAAGGGUGUAUUUUGCAGAUAAAGGCCUGAAGCGUAUUGAGAGGGCUUCACUGGAUGGAGGCUUCAGAGAGAUGCUUUUCUCCACUGGACUCGACUCACCCGAGGGUCUGGCUGUGGACUGGGUCCAUCGCAAGCUAUACUGGACUGAUAGAGGAUUAUCCUCUAUUUCCCGCAGCAGUUUAAAUGGCCUUGACAGGGAGAUUUUUAUAGAGAAAGACAUCCAAAAACCCAGAGGCAUUGUCCUACAUCCUCAGGCGCAGAAGGUAUAUUGGACAGACAUGGGUAGUCGUCCUGCAGUGGAGCGGUCAGGUUUGAACAGAGACAUGCGUGAAGUUGUGGUCAACACCGGUCUGGUGUCUCCUAGUGGACUAGCUGUGGAUCACGGCUCCCAGCGUCUGUACUGGUGUGACCUGAGCAGAGGUGUGAUUGAGUCGGCCAAGCUGGACGGGUCUAAUCGCCAUAUACUAAGUGAAAACCAAGUAGGUCGCCCAUUUGACGUUGCAGUAUUUGAGAAUGUGCUCUGGGUCAGUGACUGGGAGGGUCACCUACUUUACCGGCUGGACAUGAGAAGAACUGGACGAAACCUUGAACAUGUCCAUGAUGACUCUAUCCAACCAGCUUCUCUGGUUAUUGUCCACCCUCUUGCCAAACCGGGAGCAGAUGUUUGUCUUCAUGAAAACGGAGGAUGUGCCCAAGUGUGUGAGAGCAGACUGGGAUUGGCUCAUUGCUCAUGUCACUCAAAUCACGUUCUCUCAGCUGAUGGAAAAGACUGUCUGGCGAUUAAUACAUCAUUCCCUGAUUCAGAUGAUGGUGAAUCAAGAGAUCGUCUGAGAAAUAAAACACUGAAUGAUGAGAGCACACCACUGGCCAUGCUUUACACAGAGAAGAUGAUUUUGGACCAGGAUGACUGCUACUCUCUCAGAUGUGAUGUGAACGCUCAGUGUGUGCUGCAGGAGGGCCGAGCCGUGUGUCAGUGUGUGAGAGGUUUCACCGGAGAUGGGGAACUGUGUGUGGACAUUGAUGAAUGCAAAGCAGGCCUGGGAGAUUGUAGUAUUUCUGAGGCUGAGUGUAUGAACACAGCAGGUGGAUAUUUCUGCCAAUGCAAGACUGGAUUCAGUGGAGAUGGUCAGCACUGUAUGGAUAUAGAUGAGUGCAGAUUAGAUAUGCACGACUGCGAUGUAAACGCAGAGUGCUUGAAUGCAGUAGGAAAAUAUCAGUGUAGAUGCCGAUCUGGGUUCACAGGCACUGGAUUCAGCUGUCAGGAGGAGUUUAAGGGCGCCUCCUCUUGGCCGAGUACGGGCAGUCCACUUGAUGUCACAUCGCCAUGGCAACACAAUAAUGUUGUGCAGAGCUGUCCCUCCACUCACGACUCGUACUGUCUGUAUGACGGAGUGUGCUUCUAUUUCCCUGAGAUGGAGUCUUAUGCCUGCAACUGUGUGUUAGGUUACAUGGGGGAGCGCUGUCAGUUCAGUGAUCUUGAAUGGUGGGAGUUGCAGCAGGCUGAAGAAGAGAAGAGGAGGAAUAUGACUAUAGCAAUGUGUAUUGUGCUCUUCAUCACCCUUCUGUCCAUCACUGCCUGCAUCUCUUACUGCUACGGGUCUAAAAGACAUUUUGGAACAUGUCCCUCAGAGGAUGAUGUGGGUGACAUAAGCAUAAGUGAGGACAGUUUCACUGAGACGACAACAGCCACUCCACAGGUCUAUGUGGUUUUGGGCACCUCUACCUGCGGUGAUGAAAAGGCACUUCAUGUUGUAGGGUGUUCCAGAACAACAAUAUGCCCCGCUUGCUCUUCAGAUGCCGGAGACAGUUUUGCUUCAGAAGAGAGUGAGAAGCUACAGAGGGACGACUGUGGUCUGGAUAUUGCCCACUGCUCUGUAACCUGCGAUGUGCACAAAUGGCUGGAUACAGAGAAAACCCCCGAUUAUCUCAUCUCCUUAGAAGACCCUCAGGGUUCACCCCAGUGAUUCACCACAAAAAAUCUUCAUUGGCGGCUGACCCAUUAACUGCUAAUGUCAAUAUGUUCAAUGUUCAAAGUCACUAUCAUUCAGUGUUACAGUACAGCCAAAUGUGGGAGUGCGUUCAAAA